UGUUAUGGUUAGCGUAAAUAUGCUUAGAUAAGCAAACAAUAAAAGGAAGUGUAAGAAAUUGUUAAAAUAAGAAAAUACUUAGUUGGUGUAGAAAAAAAUGCAUCAUGCAGUCAGGUCCAUCUUCUGCAUCACAAAAGCUCAGCGGCGGUCCUUACGUGUGUUUAUCCUCUCACUGUGAGGCAUUAAAUUUAAUUGGGGAUCAGGUUCACCCCUAUGCUUGUAUUAGCUCUCAAACCAUUCUAGGUCGUGCGGUUUCUUCCGCACGCUUCACCACACCACUACCCGCCUUUAUCUACGAAGCAUUAUUUACACCGGAAGGUGGUAAUAAUAAGAAAGACCCUAAUCAGUUGGAAGAAGGAGCAAAUAAAACAGGGGGAAUGAUGAGUGAUCUAAAUCAUACAAAGAUUCAUCCACAUACGGAUUCAUCUAAAGUAAUAAAAACUUCAACGCAUCCUGAAACCCUGAAUGAUUAUGUUGAGAGACCGUUCAUGAGUACUGAAACCGUAGAUUUAUCAGGGUACUCCCUCUUUCCAACUCCACCACCGACUCAAACGAAUUUUUCAGAAGACUUACGCACUAUUCUUCUCGCCUUCGAGCAGGAUUUCGGUAUCCCACCGUAUUGGUCCGCCCACCACUUUUCAAACAAAAAAAUUCAACCUGAAGAGAAAAACCUCCUCCAUAAUCGCAUGGAAGAUAACACUUUUACGCCUUCCAACAUUAACCCAACACAUCUAAAUCCCGCAUCAGCUAAAUCGCCGCCUUCCACAUUGGUGUCGAACUUUACGAGCAAUAAGAUAAACAAAGAGCAAGGACUAGAUAGUGAAACCUCAGACCCUCUCUUUAAUAUAUCUAAUAAUAACGGACAGUUGAUUCUUCAUACCCUCGCGCAGGCACUUUUAAUCCUGCAGCUCCCUGGCCGCAGUCCAGUAGCCUCCUUCCAGAUUCAUCAAUAUCGCCCGUGUUAUAUUUACUCUGAAAAAAGCAGCAGCCUUUUAAACAGAAAUGCGUUUUAUCAUGACAUACACUUCUCCAUUCGACCUCGUAAUAACACUGGUAACACCACAACUACAAACAGCAUCGUCAACUUCUCCGAUCACCAUUUUGUGUUUAACACAGGGAUGGAAGUGAGGACUAAUGGGAUAGAAAAAAAUGUGGAUGGCUCCUCAGUCGAUUUCAGCGCCACUUCUGAGCGUAAGCGCGUUAAGACAGAGGCAAAGGGAAGUGUGGAAGGCUGUAAAAAUACGUUAUUUUGCAAAGGCGAGCCGUUCAUCUCCCUUCGCUGCAUUAAUGCCUUUCCUACUUCUCUAAACGGCGGCUGUUGGUUUGCAGGGAUUUCCGCACCUCAGGCGGAAAAUAUUUUUAAACACACAGCGAACUUCUUUGGCAAACAGCAAAAAUCUUCUCAAAAUUCAUCCCAAGAAAAGCUACGUGCGGCAAUGAACUUAGAAUUCAUUAUAACUGACACCCUGAUUCCUCUUUUUUUUCCAAUGUGUUUGAAAAGUUAUGAAAGUCCAAUCGAUAUACCCCUUUCUCAGGAAGGGAAAUCAGACUUUACAAGUAGUCAUUCAGCUACCUCUAUGGAUCCGAAGCAUCGUGUUAGCUUUGCGCAGAAACUCUCCUUCGAAUUUCUUAGGUGCCUCGUGCACUUAUCGUGGUGUAUGGAUGUUGUGAAAGUCGUUGAGCGAGCCUCUCAUUCUAAGAAUGAUCGGUGUGAUGUACAAGGUAUGGUUUUGUUCAUCCUACCAGAUACUAUAAAUGUCGAGCAAGCUGGUGAACCAUGGUGCUCUAUUCUUUUCCUUGUAAAGCCGAAGAGGAAUAAAAUGAUAAAAUCGUCUGGUGUAACACCAGAAAAGGGAAACAGUUCAGCUCGUCCGUAUGACUUUUCAGGAGUGUCUGAAAAAGAAGGUCUGAUUGAAUAUUCACUAGAAGAAAUACCUUGCCUUUUGGGAAGUGUUAAGAAAUGCUUGACAGGGUUUACCGCUCUUGACGACGGUGGCAUUGAUGGGAUUGUUAUCCGCGCCACUGGCUGUGGUGGGGAGAGCGGCCAACUGGAGUGGAAAGCCUUUGGGGAUCCGUUCAAUGCGAAAAAAAUGAAGAAAGGUGGUGUAUUAACCGGCAAGUUGAAAGAUUUCUGUCAGUUUAUUGAAGAAUCCUAA